AAAAACAAAACAAUUUUGAUUCUAUAAUCACGAAUCAGAAAUUUCUAGGGUUUCCAUAUCUUCUCUGCGAUUUGAAUGAACAACUCCAACUUCAUUCACAAAUUUCGUCACUCUUCAAAACCAUAUACAAUGGAAGAAGAAGAAGAAUCACCGACGGAGCUAAACACGAUCAAUGGUUUAAGCAGUUUUGUAGUAAUCUCUCCCGAUAAGCUAUCUCUCAAAUACACUGGCGUUUCUCAACACGGUCACGAUGUCGGCGUUGUUCAAGCUAAUAAACCUGCUCCGUGUAAUCGUAUCGCUUAUUACUUCGAGAUUUAUGUCAAAGAUGCUGGUGUUAAAGGACGUGUCUCUAUUGGUUUCACUACUGAUAGUUUCAGAAUUGCGAGACAUCCUGGAUGGGAACUCAACACUUGUGGUUAUCAUGGUGAUGAUGGGCUUAUAUAUCUUGGAAAACGUCAAGGUGAAGCUUUUGGUCCGACUUAUACAACCGGUGAUACAGUUGGUGGUGGUAUAAACUAUGAUUCGCAGGAAUUCUUUUUCACCGUAAAUGGAACUUUGGUAGGGACAGUCUCGAAGUACAUCAAGGGUCCUCUAUUCCCUACUGUAGCUGUACAUAGCCAAAACGAGGAGGUUACCGUCAACUUUGGGCAGGAGAAGUUUGCUUUUGAUUUUAAGGGAUAUGAAUCAUCGGAGAGGAAUAAGCAACAAAUAGCAAUUGAAAAGAUAUCCAUACCUUCGAACAUGAGUCUUGGGCUUGUAAAGAACUACUUGCUUCAUUAUGGGUAUGAAGAGACUUUUCAUGCUUUAGACUUGGCUACUAACAGUACAGUUCCUCCUAUUAAUGGAACUCAAGAAGAUGGUAUUGAAGAUACAUCAUAUGCAUUGCAUGAGAGAAAAAAUUUUAGACAGCUUAUAGGGAAGGGUGAGAUUGAUGCUGCUCUUGCGAAACUCCGAGAUUGCUAUCCCCAACUUGUACAGAACGAUAAAUCAGAAGUGUGCUUCCUCCUUCACUGUCAAAAGUUCAUUGAAUUAGUACGGAUUGGAGCACUCGAAGAAGCUGUGAAAUAUGGAAGAGUGGAAUUAGCCAAAUUCCUUGGUUUAGCUGCUUUCCAAGUCAUUGUAGAGGACUGCUUUGCUCUGCUAGUGUACGAACGCCCCCAAGAAUCGAAUGUAGGGUAUUUCCUAGAAGAGUCUCAAAGGGAAGUAGUGGCAGACGCAGUGAAUGCUGCUAUUUUAUCUACAAAUCCAAAUGGCAAAAAUCAAUGGCAUUUUCAUCUAGAGACACUUCUCCGACAGCUAACAGCUUGCUGUCUGGAACUGCGGUCACUUAACGAUGGUCAAGGAGAAGCGUUCUCGCUUCACCGGCUUCUUACGACCACCAAUUGGAAGAGGACAAAAAAGACUGGUAAGCUUUAGCUGUUCAUCUUUGGGAACAAACUUGGCUUUGAUUGUUGACGGUGGUUGAAUUCGAACCGUUUCUCCCGGUCAGAUGAAACAGGUAAGUUAAGCAGUCAUGAAACGGACAGGUUGAAGUUGAACCUGGCCUUUGAUUUAUUUUUUCUCUUAAGAUUUGAAGAACAAAUCAGAAUUGUAAAA